CUUAUAUGUUAAGCUGCAUAAUCAUAGCCCUCUUUCACCCCACUUCUAUUUUCUUUCUGGGUAUAUAUGGUUGACUUAAAGCAGUAUAAAUAUGUCAGAGUUUACUUUAGUUUAUUGAUAUAAUAAUUUGGGUUCUUGUUUAUUCAUGUGGUAGGUUCUUGAUCCUGCAUAGAAGCUACUAUCCCAGAUCAAGAAAGUGGUUUUGAUUAUUGGAAGGUCAUUGACUCUGCUGAAUUUGAUUGGUUAAAUCAAAUCAAGAUUUGAAUUUGGACUCUAAUAGGAAGAGAAGGUUGUCUAGGGAAUCAUGUUAUCUAUCCAGAAAUGGAAGUGUUCAUGGUCCACAGUGGCUGCAGUUGCUUCAAUUGUGACAUUGGUUUCAGUUGUUCAUUUAUUCCUGUACCCGGUUGUGCCCUCCUUGGAUUACUUUAGGACAUUUCAGAACUCUUGUGUCAAUAUAAAUAGAUCCAAUGAAGGAGAAAAAAUUAUUCUAAAGGAUGAUAAGUCAACUGAAGGAAGUGAAAGGAAUGUUGAUACAAGGGCGACGCCAAUGAUUGAUCUGAAUGUUCAAUUUCCUGUUGAUUUACACAAUGCUGUGGUAUAUCGAGGUGCUCCGUGGAAGGGUGAGGUUGGCCGGUGGUUAGCUGGUUGCGACUCAAAUACUUCUGCAGUUAAAGUCGUUGAGCAAAUCAGUGGCAAGAGCUGCAGGAAUGAUUGCAGUGGUCAAGGCAUCUGCAAUCGCGAAUUGGGUCAAUGCCGCUGCUUUCAUGGUUUCACUGGUGAAGGAUGUUCAGAGAGGCAGGAGUUGAGCUGCAACUACCCUGGAUCAAAGGAGCAACCUUUUGGGCAUUGGGUUGUCUCAAUUUGUCCUGCUUAUUGUGACACUACAAGAGCAAUGUGCUUUUGUGGGGAAGGCACAAAAUACCCAAAUCGUCCUCUUGCUGAGACGUGUGGCUUUACAAUCAAUCCUCCAUCCAAACCUGGUGGUGCUCCUGUGACUGACUUCACAAAAGCUGACCUCGAUGUCUUCACUACAAAUGGUAGCAAACGAGGAUGGUGUAAUGUGGAUCCUGCAGAAGCUUAUGCUUCCAAGGUGCUUUUCAAGGAGGAGUGUGAUUGCAAGUAUGACGGUCUUUGGGGUCGUUUCUGUGAGGUGUCUGUGCUAAGCACUUGUAUAAAUCAAUGUUCGGGCCAUGGGUUGUGUCGAGGUGGAUUUUGUCAGUGUGACAGCGGUUGGUUCGGAGCAGAUUGCAGUGUACCCUCCCAUUUGUCAUCCAUUAGAGAGUGGCCUCUCUGGCUACGACCAGCGCAGGUUAACGUUCCUGAGAAUGUGAACAGUGGAGAAAAUCUUGUCAAUCUGAAUGCUAUCUCGGAGAAGAAAAGGCCCCUUAUAUAUGUUUAUGACUUGCCCCCAGACUUCAACAGUCUUCUUCUGGAGGGACGACAUUUUAAACUAGAAUGUGUGAACAGAAUCUAUGAUCAGAGAAAUGCUACAGUAUGGACUGACCAGCUGUAUGGUGCACAGAUGGCACUCUAUGAAAGUAUGUUAGCUAGCCCUCAUCGGACAUUGAAUGGAGAGGAAGCAGACUUUUUCUUUGUUCCAGUUCUUGAUUCAUGUAUUAUAACUCGUGCUGAUGAUGCUCCACACUUGAGCAUGCAGGAACACCUCCACGAGGGGUUGAGAAGUUCUCUGACGCUUGAAUUCUAUAAAAAGGCUUAUGAUCAUAUUAUCACACAGUAUCCGUAUUGGAACCACUCAUCUGGCAAGGAUCACAUCUGGUUCUUCGCAUGGGAUGAAGGUGCUUGCUAUGCUCCUAAAGAGAUAUGGAACAGCAUUAUGUUGGUCCAUUGGGGUAAUACAAACUCAAAGCAUAACCAUUCAACAACAGCAUAUUGGGGUGAUAAUUGGGAUCCAAUUUCCUCGGAUAGAAGAGGAAACCACUCCUGCUUUGACCCAGAUAAAGAUCUCGUACUUCCAGCUUGGAAACGACCUGAUGAAGGUUCCCUAAAUGCUAAGCAUUGGUCCAGACCUCGUGAGGAGCGGAAAACAUUCUUCUAUUUUAAUGGCAAUCUUGGACCAGCUUAUGAAAAUGGAAGACCAGAAGCUACGUAUAGUAUGGGCAUAAGGCAAAAAGUGGCUGAAGAAUUUGGAUCAACCCCUAACAAGGAAGGUAAGCUUGGCAAGCAGCAUGCAGAAGAUGUGAUAGUGACACCACUACGUGCUGGGAACUACCACGAGGAAUUGGGAAGUUCCGUCUUUUGUGGGGUUAUGCCUGGGGAUGGUUGGAGUGGACGAAUGGAAGAUAGUAUUUUGCAAGGAUGCAUUCCUGUGGUGAUUCAGGAUGGGAUAUACCUGCCAUAUGAGAAUUUUCUCAACUAUGAAAGUUUUGCAGUAAGGAUACGUGAAGAUGAAAUACCCAAUCUGUUAAACAUUCUACGGAGUUUUAACGAAACAGAAAUUGAAUUUAAAUUGGCGAAUGUGAAGAAAAUCUGGCCGAGAUUUUUGUAUCGCGAUUCAGUUGUGCUUGAAGCUGAGAGGCAAAAGGCAGUACGUGGGAGUGUCGAGGACUGGGGUCUACAGUUUUUGCAGCUAGAGGAAGAUGAUGUCUUUGCCACACUCAUACAGGUGUUGCAUUACAAGUUGCAUAAUGAUCCUUGGAGACGACAACUUCUUCUGCAGAAAAAGGAAUUUGGAUUACCUAAAGAAUGCUUGCUUCGAACAGAGUGAGACACUACUUUAUACUUAGACCUGAAACAGAAUUCAACACAUGGAGGGUUUUGCUUUGGAUCAAAUGCAUUGUAAACAGAUAGUAUACAGCUUCACUAAGGCAAAAAUUUUGGUCAGUAUACCAAUUUUUUUAGUUAGCUUAAGCCAAAAACAUGUCUUCUAUUGUCCUUAUUCAGGCCAUAUUUUAUACAUGUAAAUGAGUUAGCUUCUCUAGGAGCUAUAUUUUGUACAAGAUGAAAAUUAGCCACUUAGGGUACUACUCUUACCCUUUAUUUCAUGUUUAUAGAGAAGUCAUAUAUUUGAUUCCCAAAGAGGAAAAUAGUAAGUAGAUGAAAGUUGUAUAGUGAAAUUCAUGCCUGAAAAUUUCAGGCCAUUCUGUUGUCAAAGAAGUAUAAGAUUUAUUCUAUAUCAAAUAAAUUUCAAGUGCUGUUUGUGUAAA